GGUCCGUCGCCGUUUGUCGGGCCAAGUAUAAAAGUACCGAUUGUCACUGAUGGUAGCACUCGCAUUUCGGCACAGACACGACAAAGUCGUUACACGCUAAACAUAAUGGCAGCUAAGUUUUUCGUAAUUUGCGCUCUGCUGGCCGCAGUCAACGCCGGCUACAUCGGAGUGCCAUCCGCCUUGCAGUACCAAAUCGCACCAAUAGCGCAGGUUCAUUCCCAUGCUAUCACGUCGACAUCCGAUAACAUAUUACGUAGCCAUGGAAAUUUGGCGCAAGUAGCCACGCAGACCAAGACCAUCGACACGCCGUUCUCCAGCUCGAGCAAAGCCGACAUUCGUGUGACCAAUCCUGCGGCCGUCGCCUACACGCACUUCGCUCAUCCGGCUACCCAGUUGACGUAUGCCGCCGCCGCUGCUCCAGCAGCCGCUCUCGGAGUCGCAUAUUCGCCAGCCGUCGAAGUGUCUCAUAUGAGCUACAGCAGCCCUAUCGGAGUCGCUUAUGCCUAUUAAAAAUCGACUGCAUAUACCCCGUACAUACAUAAACAACUUGACGAAUAUAUUAUUUAUUUGCGGGUAUAAUUUUGACGCAACUACUCGUGCGAUCGACCAAUGAAGGAGACCGUUCGA